AUGUACUCCUACCUCCCCACCCUGUUGAUGGUCGGAACACUUGGCAGUCUCGUCGCGGCCGAUAACAUCUACACGUACGUCAAGCCCGGCUGCGCAGGGUCUGCCUUCUUCUUCAAGGACAUUGACCACAACGUGUGCGCGUUGUCGAUUACGUCCAACUCGACCACCUCCAUCGCCGACGCGAUCGCGAAGAACGUGACGCUCGUGCACUCCAGCAAGCUCGAGGUGCAGGAGACCGGCAAGAAGCAAUUCAUCGGCUGGGACCAGGGCCCGGAUUCCAACUCCGACGGGCUGCUGCAGUGCGGCCACAUCAUCGUCAACAAGGCCGUCAAGGACCGCGAAACCUGCAUCGACGGAACCCUUCACGGAGUCAGCUGGACGGAGCCUGGCGACGACAAGAGGAAGCGCGAUGCGUUCACUUGCUCGGGAUCAACGGAGCCAGAUGCUGUUUUCUUGAAUGGAAAGCACUACACCACAAACGGAAUUCCCGAGGAAGACGCUGGUAGACUGAAGGAGUUGGUGUUCACAGACGGCAACGAUGUUCCGAAUGACCUACUCAAGUAUGAGUUCACACCCAACGUCUAG